UUGUAGCAGCGAGAGGACAGUCCAUACUAGCGUCAGGAGCAAUGCAGCACGUACUCACACUUCUUGUCUUAGCAAUCUCAGCGGCAACUGGCUCACCUUUGAGAACCACUGAAGAUGAGCAACCUGGGCCGUCACAGCUGCCGCUGGUGACUCUGGACGUCCUGAAGCACCUUGAACAACUGCCUCCUUCUCAACGCAUCGCGAAGCUCGAAAACCUGCAAAACGAACUGCACUUUGUUCCUCAGGCUGAGCCCGAGCACAGACCUCAGGAGAAGUGGUGGACCACCAGCUGGACAUUCUUUCUGCCACACACUGUUAUCAGCUUCACCCAGCUUCUACCUAGUACCUUGGAGCGGCCAUUAUCAGCAAGAGAAUUGUGGAACUAUGGGUACUAGUCUUCUAGGAGACUCUGAAAACGAUUUUUCAAAUACUUGAGACAUCUUCCGUGUCUUCUAACAGUUGUCUCUGAAGAGUGUUUUAUAACUUUAUAAUAAAACUAUGACGUUUAUAAUAAAUCUGAUGUACGGUAGAUGCUCUGUAACUAAACACUAAAGAUACACAUAACUAAUUAAACUCCUUC